AUGGCAUCCCUGCUGCCUGUCUGGACCUUGCCCUUGAUCCUGAUCUUGCUGGCUGUCCUAGCCCCAGUGGCUGCAGACUUCCACAUCUCAAGCCUCUCUGGUGUGCUGUCCCCCGCGCUAACGGAGAGCCUGCUAGUUGCCUUGCCCCCCUGUCGCCUCACUGGGGGCAAUGCCACACUGAUGGUCCGUAGAGCCAAUGACAGCAAAGUGGUGAAAUCCAGCUUCAUGGUGCCUCCAUGCCGUGGGCACAGGGAGCUGGUGAGUGUGGUGGACAGUGGGGCUGGCUUCACAGUCACUAGGCUCAGUGCAUACCAGGUGACAAACCUCGUGCCAGGAACCAAAUACUACAUUUCCUACCUAGUGAAGAAGGGGACAUCCACUGAAUCCAGUAAAGAGAGCGCAAUGUCCACGCUUCCUCGAAGGAAGAUGGAGUCCACUGGGUUGGGAAUGGCCCGAACAGGGGGCAUGGUGGUCAUCACAGUGCUGCUCUCAGUCGCCAUGUUCCUGCUGGUUGUGGGCUUCAUCACCGCCCUGGCACUGGGUGCCCAAAAGUGAAGAGGCCUACACUGAGCAGCGGGCUCCUCCAGGAAGCCCAGGGUGCUGUCCAGUUCCCCAGCCUAGGGCUUUGACUUUAUCUCCUGUCUCCACUCCUAAAAAGGCUGCCCCUCCCAGUCCUCAGUCAUGAGUGUUCAACUCCUUCAGUUCCUUCACCUUCCCUUCCUUGCCCCCCCCAUUAGAGCCCUUUCCUCCCUCAGUCUCCUCUUGCCCUUAAUGCCUCCCCUUUCCCCAGCACUCCUUAUUAUCCCCCUCCUCCCACCGUCAGAGCUUACUUUCCUUCCCUUUCACCAUUCAUACCCUUCCCCCAACAACUCAUGCCUCCCUCAGUGAACUAAGUCCCUACAAUAAAGUGGGAUGCCACCUCUGCUAUG